AUGGGCUCAACGGAGACUAAACCUGCGCCAGAAGGAUGCUUUUACAUCUGGCGUGCCACUCUCAAGUUCGACUGCGACAUCGACUGUGACUGUCAACUUCAGAGAGCUUGCCUCAAGGGGGAACCAUCCAUGCCCCCGCUGGAUGAGUUCGUGCAGCUCGAACUACCUCGGGAUGCAUAUUCUCACUGCCCAGUGCCGACACUGCCACAUACACAGGUACUGGCACAGGUGCAGGGCCAACCUGAGCUGGCGGGCGACGACGACGACGUAGGACGGAGAAGCCCGAAAGAUGGCCCGUCUGACUCGAAUCUGUACCACAGGUCGCUUCGCAUCGCCCUCGACAAUUUGCGUCGUGACAAACAGGAAGCUUUGGAGGUCAGCCAUUCCGAUAGCAUAGAGAUGCUGCGAUGCUGCGGCACGGCCAACCCUUCGUGCGGCCAUCAUCACUGUCCCCGAUCCCACCAAGACGUGGAUCCGGGCUUCGUCAUGGACCUACUCUUGGCCGAGCCCGGCGAACUGGCUGAGCAAGUGGUCGAAUCGUUUCCCAUGCCCAUGGCCAGAACUAUGUUGCAAUGCUCCAGGAGGGCCGUUUUCGGGACAAUUCAACGUGCACGCUCCCAGGCUACUCGGACGGCAGGUAAGGUUCUCUCUUUUACUGGCCGACCGGCUCCCACCGAGCCGAGGGGCCAUUCGCAUCUCGUACUUCUCCAACAUGCUGUGGGCCAGUGGAUGAAGAACACACCGCCAGCAUUGAGCCGAGACCUACCGCUCAUCCGUCAUGUCGCCGGGGGGGACUAUGAUCCCGGCGCCAACUCUGUGACGACAGAUACACCAACCCGGAGUUUCAACCAUGCAGCCGUCGACGCCAUGUGCGACCAAGUGUAUGACCGAGCCGUUGCCAACGCCGAGGGGCAGGGCCGCGACGGCGACAGGGACGGGGAGGGGUGCGAUGCCCAUCACGCCCGGUUGAUGAGAGCACUGGAGAAUAGACGGCCGACAUUGUGGAGCAGCGGCUUGGUCAAAGCGAGUGUUGGGGCACCAGCGGCCGCCUCCAACCACAGUCUCGGCUGGGACUGCGAAACGCUGACUGCUGCCUUUGGACCUAUGUUUCCGUCGCUAGCUGUGGGAUUGACCUUCUUCGCUCUGUCUUUGCAUAUGGAGGGUUUGGUAGGAGAGGGCAGUGGGUAUGAGUUGGAACCCAGGUAA